AUGGCUCGGCAAGCUGCAUCCACAGUCGUCGGCGCUGUCGCGCUUUUACUAGGCCUCGUCACUGCCAUUCUGAUGGUUAUUCUAGCUGGGUCUUUGAUUUCAGAUCAUGGAGAGCCCUAUGCUUUUCCUUUGGCUGCAGCUGUAAUACAAUUUCUUUCAUGCGGGAGCCUGGCGCUGCUCAUCUACCACAAACUUCGCUAUGAUCAGAUUCUUGGGCUGCAAAUCCGGCAAACAUUCGUGCCCACUCUUCUACUCGGAGUGUUGCCGAGUUUGGUAGCUAUUGUGGUUGUUGGGGCUGCACUGGGAUGGGCUGAGGCUAGGACUGUGGGGAAAGCUAUAUUUAUCUCAGGGCUUUCUGUAUCGGUCUUUUUGACAAUACUUUUUGUCGUCUGGGGAUUAUCUGUCGGAGCUCACGUUCUCUGUUUCUCACACUUUGCUUGGUUCGCAAGGUCCACGCAGAAAAAAUCGCUCCAAAGAUUUGAUAUCGAGGAACCGCUCGACGAAGCACCGCAGGAGAUGAGCGAGACUAGCCGGUCAGCGACUGCCAUUACUCUUCAACCAAAUCCCUUCCACGAGCAGUUAUCUUCGUCGCUGCCAUCUUUGAUAGCUUCUGACGGCACGAGCUCGCUUCGCUCUUCUUUCUCGACCAUACAGCGCCCAUCGUCUUCAAGGCGAGGUUUACUCAUCCGUCAGCACUCGCAUACACGUCAAUCGCAACGAUCUUCUUUGGACGGCGCAUUGGGAGGGCCCUCCAAGGAUGAAGGCUUUGACUCUUGGGAUACCUCUGGAGUAUCUUCGCACAUUCGGGAAACGGUGCUCCAGUCUAAACCUAUGAUAAAGGGCUCAGGUUUACCACCCAUACCGGGCAGUCGAUCGCCAUCACCAGCAAAAGCGCUGGAAGGACCGUUUUUCCAGUCGAGCCCAUCAUUGAGCCCACCUGCAAGCCCACUGCCCCAACCAAAUGUCUCAAGGCCAGGUUCUCCUCCGAGCCCUUCAGAGCAGCCCAACUUUACUACUAUGUUCCCUCCGUCAUCCAAUCCGCCACCCACUAGUCCGCUAAAGCGUAAUUUCUCUCGACCAGGCUCCCGUUCAGGACCCAUAUCCCGCUCGGGAACCAUCUCACACUCGCGGCCAGGCUCUCGCUCAAGAGGGCCGAGCGAAGACCACAUUCAUCCUCUAUUCAGGACCUGCAGUCCCGUUCCUUCUCCGGGUGCAUCACCAGGAACGAUUGUUACUGCUGCGCCAGAAGCAGGCCAAUUAAUUGAUGAACGUAUGCUGAAACGCAUGAGAUCCAGGUCUGGCAGCCUUCCUUCGAGUCCGAGCGCAUUAGUUCGCUCGGAGAGCUCUCCAGAUAUCCCAACUGUGAGGGACCCACGCUCAACAAGCCAGGAUGCGCCUCCGGUGCCUUCUGGCUUUGAGCCCAGUCCGAGCCAGCAUAGAAUGAAACGAUCUGUGUCGUAUCAGUCAGAUAUUGAUGGGUUGAUUUAG